AUGGCUGAGGGCGAAGCUGAGAGCCACGUCUCCAACAUGGCUGACGUGAGUCGUCACUGCUAUCUUCCAGGAAGGUGGUUGUGGGCAAACAGUGGCAUUGGUCUAGCCCUUUGCAAGUGGCUGCUGAUGGUAGACAAUGAACUUCACUGUUUGGAGUACAGGAAUAUGGGCAAAGCUGAAAUUGUCUGCAUUGCUUUGCUGGCCUCUCACCACACCACCCACGUCACCAUUUUGCCUGUGGAUGUCAGCAGCCUACAGUCAGUGUUCCAGGCUGCUAAGGAACUUAAGCAAAUUUUUCAGAGAUUGGGCUAUGUAUAUCUUAAUGCUGGGCUCAUGCCUAAUCAAGCACUUGUCUCAGAUCUUUUUUCAAGAAAAGUGAUUCAUCUGUUCUCCACAGGUAAAGGAUUGCUGACUUAGGGUGAAGUGAUCACUGCUGAUAGGCUGCAGGAGGUGUUGGAAACCAGUAUCUUUGGCCACUUUAUCGUGAUUCUGGAACUUGAACAUCUUCUCUGUCGCAGUGAAAAUACAUCCCGGCUCAUCUGGACAUCAUCUCACAAAGCAAGGACACCUAAUUCCAGCCUGGAGGACAUGCCGCACAGCAAAGGCCAGGGACCCUAUAGCUCUUCCAAAUAUGAGACUGACCUUCUCAGCAUGGCUUUGAACAGGCAUUACAACCACCAGGCUGUGUGCCCAGGUACAGUGUUGACCAAUAUGACAUACGGAAUUCUAUCUCCCUUCAUAUGGACACUGCUGCUACCAAUCAUAUGGUUGCUUCACUUUUUUGCAAAUGUUUUCAUUUUGGUGCUGUACAAUGGAACAGAAGAACUGGUUUGGCUUUUCCAUCAAAAGCUUGAAUCUCUCAGUCCUCUGUCAAAAUACCUGAAUGCUGCUACAGGCUUUGGAAGCAAUUAUGUAGUGACCCAAAAGAUGGACCCAGAUGAAGAUAAUGCUGAAAAACAUUACCAAAGUUGAUUGGAUUUGGAAAAGCAUGUUAAAGUCUCCAUUCCAAUGGCAGAUCCCCAGAGCUGA